AUGCCGCUCCUCCGCCCCGCUGCCCGUCUCCUCUCCGCACCCCGCGCCCGUCUCCAAAUCGUCACAAACCCCUCCUUCACCGCGCGGAGGAACCUCACAUCCACCGCCUCGCGAAGCGCCGGCGACCAUGCACACGAAGACCACUACGACUCACCAUCCGGCUGGCUAUUCGGCGUGAAGCCCGGGGAGAAGUACGAGAACGAGGGAUGGGAGAAUGUGUGGUACUAUGGAUUCUUUGGGAGUAUACUGUUUGGGGUUGUGGGGUACUGCUAUAAGCCUGAUACGAGCAUACAGACGUGGGCUCUCGAGGAGGCGCGGCGAAGGCUGGAAGCAGAGGGCAUACUGGAGGAUCCAGAGAAGACAAGAUAG